AUGGCCGCCGAAGAUGUUUGCAUGGCAGAAAUGGACUCUUCAACUGCUUGGUUAGUUGAAAGAGCAAGGCAAAGUUUACGAGAAAAUAAUCCUUACGAGGCAAAAGCUUGGUUAAUCACUGCAAAGACCUUGUAUCCGAAAGAUUUUGGUAUUCAGGUGAGGUCUCUUGCAAUCCAAGUUUCCCUUUAAAGAAAUAGCUAUUGCAUUAAUAUCCGUAUCCCCCCGUUAAGGACCAAUAGAAUUCUUCAGGGGUAAGUCAUAAAAAUUGAGGAUUUCUUUAGGGGUAAACUAAAAAAAUAUGGAAUUUUUUGGGGGUGGAUCUUUAUAAAUUCUCGCAAAAUUCCUCAUGGUAGACCCAUGCAUAUUUUUCAGGGGUAGACCCAUCUUCUUCAAGAGGUAGACCCAUAUUUUAUGGAAGUCUUCAGUGCUGAAUGCAAUUUUAUUAAAUCUCCUGGGGCAAGAUGAAAACAAAAGUCCUCAAGGAGGUGGGGGGGGGGGACAUGGGAUCUGGAUAUUAAAAGCAACCCAAUUUUAUCAUGAUUCAAUGUUUAACCAUUUUCUUGAACACUUUCUUUGAAUAUCAAUAUUAUUUUUAGUAUGAAGCAUACAGUAUUGAGAGAAAUGCUGAGAGAGUACAGGAGUCUGCUAAGCUCUUCUACCACAUGUAAGUCUGAGCCUCUAUUUCACUGGGGGUGGGGGCAGUGGCACUUCCUAUGGCACGGAUCUAAAGCUGAGGAUUUUUCACGUCACAUUUUUUGGACCAAAUGAUUUAAGCUUCCUCUGUGUCUGCUCCUUUUCUUCUUACCCAGUGUUGAGACGCUUGCAAAUGAGCAAAUUUAUCUGUAAAUCAAUAUUGGUGAUACACUGCAAAACAGUCCAUAUUUGUGUGUAUUCAAGUACCCAUGAGCAAACAAAAGGUCUGGAAUAAGGCUGAAAAUGGAGAGAGCAAGACUGGGAAGAGAUGCUAAUUUUCUCUCGCCGCCACACAUGCCCAUAGGGUGUGUGAGACUACCAAUUUGUUUACUGAUUUUGAGAAAAAAACUGACUGUUUUGCAGUCUACAUCGGUGAAGAUGUAAUGUGACUAAGGUUUCAACAUCUGUAUGAAACUCAACUAUUGUAGGUAUUUGGGGGGACACUCCUCCGCCCAGCAAAAUGAAAUUGCACCUGUGAUUCAGUGAGCAGUGAAACCCCAUUGCUAGAGAAUUGCAUGAUCAAAGUGAUAAGAAAUGCUAGCAAUAUAAGUACCAGAAUUUUUCUAAUCAAUUUUCUAAUUACUGUAAAUUAGGUUUGAGCAGUUUCCUGACAGUGACUUGCUUUGGAAAGAAGUCGCAAGUUUUACAGAUGCUCUUGAGGGUGAAGUAACAAAUCAACACAGCAAAUUUCUGACAGGUAACUUCUUCUUGCGACAGUUGACUGCACGAGGGUGAAGACGGGCAUAACACCUGGUAAAAGUGUAACAAAAAUUUUUAGUGAAGUGGCUAAUAUUCUAUUGUUAAGUAAUUUUUUGCCAUUUAUGUGAAAAACAACAAAGAGCCAGUUCACUGUCAAACUCAGAAAACUGCGUGAACACUUGAAAAAUUUCAUGAAUGUGGCACGGCCCACGUAGAUGACCACCAAAGAACUGCACAAGUGAGCAACAACUACUGACCGAUUACUCUUGCCCCUUACAGGCUAGUUUUAUUAUUACUAAUUGAGACACUUUGAAAUACAACAUUCCAGAUGUACUUCUGGUGUUCACGGUUUUACAACUUUCUAAGUAACAUUAAAAUCAAACACCUACUUUCGGCAGAUCAUCUUGUCGCAGUUGUACUUUUGAGCCAAAAUACGCAAACUGGGCUCAAUAACUCCACCACGCAGCCUUAGCACAAGGUGAAGAGUUGACUCUGUUGACAGAAAAGUACUACAACUUUAACACCAUCUUAAAGACAUUCUUCAUUGUUGCUGUGUCCAUCAGCAAUGAUAUUAUAAUCAUUCUAAUUGAACACUGACUGAAAACCUUAAGAAAUGUGAUACCCUAAUUGAAAGUGGAUGAUGUUAAAUUAAUUAUCAUGGAAUAGUUAUGCAGCUGUAAUCUGAUGAUCCUUUUUUAUGUUUUUGAUGUGUUCAAAUACAGGGCACAAAAUGAGGGUAAUUAAUAAUAGUGGUAUACAGCCAAAAAAAAUCAUUGAUUGAUAAUGAAAUCUCAGCUGAUUCCCAAAACUACUCAAAGGGUGGUAUGACCUUACAGAGGUGUUUUUCAGGAAGAAUUGACUGGUAAACGAACAUAGGCAAACAGAUAUGAAUAGGACGUUACCAGUAACAGUUGUUUCACCAACAUCGAUCCUGUUUGCCUACGUCUUACAACAUACUGUAAGUUACUUUGCUGAUGGGUCAGUUCCCUAAAUAUUUUCGCCUGAUCAGUGACUGAAGACUGAGUGUAUAUCAAUGCAUAUCACACUUUUUUGUAUCAGGGCUGAGAAAAAACGGUGGACACAUGUGUAGUGCUCGUUUCACUUCUUAAGCAAAACGACAUAAGACAUUUUUACCGCAAAAUGACUGGUCACUGAAUAGGCAGACAUACCCUUCUGGAUGUUGUAAUCAGAAAGUGUUCUGCCAUCUUCCAGCUGCUUGCCAGCAAAUAUAAGACGCUGUUGAUCUGGGGGAAUUCCUGAAAAGCCAAUGGUUUCAUCAUUAUUACAUUAUUUAAGACAAUGAAACAGAAGUGCUAACAGUGUCUUAAUUGAGGAUCUCAGUCUUCAACAAACCCAAGUCUGACAUUUUGAACUAAACUUUGGGAUUUCAACAUUUACAGAUUUAUGUUAAAACCACCUUGUUCAUAACAAUUAAUGGCACCACGGCAAAGAAAUGCUUUGAUUUGUGUUAAUGUGGCUAUAUAAAAUCCCAGUAACUCAAUUCGAUCAGGAACAAAAAUUUCCACGUUUUGAGAAAGUCAUCUCAAUUAGCUCAANUUUGCUUUAUUCAUAAACCUAAUUACCUAAUUACUUCAUAAACCUGAUUACUUAAGUUAAAUUCUUGAAAUAAAGUUUUGUUGUUUUUGUUAAGCCUUACUUUAUGUUUUUGCAGGGAGAUGCAAAGAUUGCAUUGAAAAAUGUCGAAUGAUGCUACUUCUGAUGAGAAGGUUCCCUGACGUGAUCCCAAGAAAUGGGGUAUAGUUCAAUGUUACAUGAUUAUGUAACAGUAGUUUUUUGUCUUUUAUUGGCUCGUUUUAAAUACAGAGACAAUAGUGGCAUAUGAAAUUUUGAGCAAAUUCUGUGUAUUAAGACUGAUCAGUUUUCAUUUCUUUUUAACCAAGGUGACUUUGAUUGAGAUGUUAAUUAAUGCUGAAAAGUCUGAGUAUCCUGAUACUGCAGUUAACCCAUACAGGAAGUUGUUAGGUACAAAUCAAAUUUAAAUUGGACUGGAUAUUCUACAUUGACAGGCAAAUGUGUCCAUGUUUGGAGGAGUCUGCAAGGGUGGAUCUGGGGGAUUCCCUGCAUGCCCUUGUACCAUCUUUUUACCCCAGCUAUUACUUCUUCAUUCAAGAUACAACAUUAGUAUCUUUCAUGACCCUCCCCCACCCUGCCCCUUGUCAAAAUCCCAGGUCUGUCCUUACUUUGAGUAAAUAUGUUUUGUCUGAAGUGUGUGAUUCCAAAAAUUUUCCCUACUCUGGAAGAUUGAGUGUCACUUGAAGCUAAAAGGACUAGGAAGGAAGAAGGAGAAUACUAAGAAUAUCACCACCUUCCCUUCCUGGAUGGGAUGCUAUUCCAUCUAAGGGUUCCUUGGGUAGUAUGUCGCCAGUUCCCCUUGUAUACCUGGGUGAAGAGAGACAACAAGUAGAGCAAAGCUUCUUCUCUAAGGAAACUUUGCGAUGGCAAUUAGCCUUGAACUCAGACCUAAAGAAUACAAAGUUUGAGGUGUUAACAUUUGGCCAUGGCCAUGUCUCCUUUGUACUUUCACGUUUUAGUAUCAAUAAACAUGUAGAUGUACAUUGACAAUAGCUAUUACCCGGUAAUAAUUAUUAUUUAUUUAAUUUAUUAAUUACUUUAAUUAUUAUUUAAUUAUUUAAUAAUUAAUUAUUAUUUUUCCCAUUUCAGUUUGUGAUGUACUGCCUCAUUUACUGGCCAGUGAAAACAUGACAGUUCAUGCUACUCAUGUGAGUAGUAGCAGUAGCCAAGAUGAAGAGGUUUGUGAUUUCCUACAGGAUGACUUUUGAUCAAUCUUUGUUGAUAUGAUUAUGCAUGUAAACAGGUUGUUACCUUGAAAUAACACCCGGAAUAAGAAGAAAGAGUAGAGGUUGGCAGAGAUGCCAACCUCUGGCAGAUCUGAAAUCUGGUGACUGUCUCUUUUGCAGUAACCCUCUCCCAAUAUCACCCACCCUAUACCUCCUAUACACACAAAUCAACCAGACCAAGAUGUGGGUGUAGCUCAGGACAUUAUACAUAGUCUGACAUGAAGUGUGGAUUAUCAGCAAAUGCUUCCAUGAGUGUAAUGAUGAAAGAGUCCUAGUCAGCGUUGAAAUGUGUGCAAAAAUGCUGCUAGAAAUUAAUGGUGCUAUGAUAGUCUUGAAGAUUCGAUCUGUCUGGUCAUUGUGUCCGACCACAAGUAGGAUUUUGUCACACAUCGAGCAAAUUUCAUGUAGACACUUCUCUUGAUACAACGCAGCUCUGCUUUUUAUUUUCUUGUCGGAUUAAAAAGGGCAAUCCUAAAGAGAUAAAUUUUAUCAGUUUGCCCACCCAUCAGGGUGCAAAGGAAGUCAGGUUUACAGCUUGCCAUUCGGGAAUGUUGUAGCUAGCAUGUACUUCCCUAAAAGUCAUUUCAACUAGAGAGUUAAAAUUUUUGUUGAUCAUUGAUUUCAGUUCUUCUGUAAUUUGAAUUCCCUGAAAACUUCACUUGCCCAUCAGCAAGUUAAGAACAGAAUUCACUAGCCCUAAAGCAAAAUCCACUAGCUCUGGGCUUUUGGACACUACUUUCUUCACCCACUGUUCAUAUCAUGAAUCAGAAUACAGGACUUGAUUCAUCUUAUCCAACUGAGGUGCCAUCCAUUUAUUCUAUACUAACAGUUAAUUACAAUAAUAUUAUUGUCCUUUCUUUCUUCAUUCAGGAUAUUCCUUCUGGCAUCUCACUAACCCAGGUGUACAAGUGGCUAGAGUUAUCCAUUCAAUUCUAUGUCUCAUGUGCCACUGUCCAUAAUUCAGUAUAUGAACACUCUGAUACUCAGUAUAACAGCCUCGUAGACACUAGCAUUAUUGCAGAAGUACUGGAUGGGAAAGGUCCGUGGAUAGCCCUGCAUGAAUUGUUUUACUUGGCGGCCAAAAAGUGCGGCUGGAUUGAGAUCUGUAGCAUUCAAGAAAGGCUUGAUUCUCAAAAGUACAGGUAGUGUGGAAGUGAAAUAACUGUCGCAAGUUGCUUGAUCAAGGAUGUAUAGGAAUAGGCCCUUUGCAGCUAGCCAUUCACGUGGCACAAAACCACUGUGCUGGAGAGCAAAAGUCGCACUGGGACAAGACAAACAAAGAAAAUUACCAUUUCAAAUUAUGUAUGUCUUUUGUUUGUCUUGUCCCAGUGCGACUUUUGCUCUCCAGCACGACGGUUUUGUACCACGUGAAUGGCUAGCUGCAAAGGGGAUUUUAGGGAGGGACAGCAUAAUAAUGCUGGGGAUAUUCGUCUUGCAAUAGACCCUUUUUGUGUACAGCCCUAUUAAGUCAAAAGAAUGGUCCUAAGCUUGGAAUCUAUGUGCCUCCAGUGAGCUGAGAUUCAGGAGUAAACUGAUUUACGCUUUUUGACCAUUAUUAUUACUUGAGGUGGAAAGAUGAAAAUUUUGACCUUAUGAUGCAAUUGUGGAAUGAAGAAAAGAAAUUGACUUCCCUGUGAAAUAUAAAACUAUAGCAAAAAAAUUUUUAAUUUCCAAAAGGGCCUGAUUUUCUUUCUACAGUCAAAAAACAUAAUCCAUUCUUCAAGAAUAGUACUGGAAACAGGUGUAGAUCUGCACCAGAUACAUGCAUCCACAGCAACGUUUAAUUACUUAUUUACUUGGUAUUUCAUUGAUGUUGCAGAAGUAGCAAUGAUCACUGGACAAGUAUCUCUGAGCUGCAUCAGAAAUUAAAGAAAAUGACAAAACACAGUUCAGAAGAGGAGGUUGGUGAUGACACUGUGGAAAAAACUGGACUCAUGUAUGCUGCCACCAUCUUGUUCCUGCAAACUGUUUGGGAAUACUGUCGUGUGGUCAACAGGCUUGAUUCAGUUUGUGAGUAAAGACCAAUGUAGCGAUGGUUUAUUCACUUAAUAGAAUAAAUUUUAUUAUAAUGUGAUAAAUGCCAUGACUGGCAGAUCUGCUAGAAAAGGCUUGUUGCUAGCCUGGGUGUGCUGCCACUGCAGCAAAUUGUUGUGUUGUGUUGUUGGCCUAAGCAUCACAGGAAUGUCACUAAGAUUUCAAGUUGUGGGGUAAAUACAAACAGCUAGGGAUUUCUUUUGGUUCUAUUUUUCUGUGAAAGUAACCCAGAGCUGCAUUCAUAGUAGCUGGGGGAAAUCCUCGGCCCCAUCCUCUUAAUGACAGCCCUGGCGUCAACUCAUAGUACCAGCUGGAAGGUGAGGUGUUACUCAAUGGAAGUUGACAGUCAUGUUAAUUACCGAAAGUUAAUUAGUCCCAAAUGUGUGUAGUGGUCCUUUCUUUAGCAUACUCUAUUUUUGUUUAUUGCUUGUGAGUUUCCUAUUCUCAGUGGCAUUUACUUGUUUUGUUGUUGUUUUUUUUUGGACAGCCUCCUCUGGUUUAAUUCAUCCUUUGGUCUUGGUUGAGGACAGUAUAGAGUGCAGCAAUCCAAAUUCCAUGACUUCAGCAGGAGCCAGUAGGUAGGAGUGUUAAAAUCACCUGGAAGAGCACUCCCUAUAAUGACCUAUAUGGGGAGGCUCCGCCUGGGAGGGGUACCUUUCUCAGGCUUCAGGUAUAUGAAAGGGUAGGGAUUACACAAAUUGAAGUAUAUGAAAUGGUAGGAAAAUCUGUUGUUGUGAUUUGUGAGAGGACCUAAUAGGGCUAGCAGAUGCAUUUUAUGGCUGUGAAGAAGACAAGAAAACUUCUUCUUUAGUGUGAUUUAUUUAUAUUUAAAAGAUAGUGCAUUUGCAGCAGUUAAGGGAUGGAGUGUUCUAAAGUAGGUAUGUGAAGGGGUACCAUUUGUCAAUAAAAGGUAUACGAAAGGGGUACCUUUUCCAUCAAAAACAGAAUAUAAAAGAGUAAGUUGUUGGACCUCAAGGCAGAACCUCCUUGCAUUUAAAUUUUGUUGAGUACCCCCCUUCCCCCAGGGAAAAUCAGGAUUUAUAGAUUAGGUGCUAUCAAUAACUUGUGAGAUCAAAACCCUAUAAGAUCAUGUAAAUGUUAGAGUGUUCUAAAUAAGCAGGUACAUGUGCACAUGUUUAUAAUAAUUGUAUUUUUUGUGCUUUUUAUAGUCCAGCACCAAAGAAGAAGAAGCGAAAACUGGCAUCUGUAAGUAUGAUACCGUACUAGUACACAGUAAAAUAUAUGAUCUAGGUAAAAGUUCAAGUUUGUAAAUGUUCUGUACUGCAUAAUACCAUCAAAUAAAAACUAGGAUCGAAAAAAAGACAGUAACUUCUGAUCAGUAAUGUUCUCCUUCCAAAUUUCCUUCUGUUUUCUUGGCUAAAGAGAGAGAAUUACAGGGGUGGAUCCAGAAACUUCAGAAAAGGGUGGCCAGGACACUAUAUUGAUACUUUUGAUUUUUCUGUUGGAUAAAUAUAAUAAAAAAUUUCAAAUAAAAAGGGGUGGCCAUGGCCCCCUCUGCCCACCCCUAAAUCCACCCUUGUUAACUGAUAUUACAUCGGGGGUCACUUUUACGCACCCUUCAAACCAGUUGGAGGAUUAAUCCCAAUCUGGCUGGUCAUAAAUGGAAAGACAAAAAAAAUAAAAAAAACUUUCAUUAUACUAGACCAUGAAAACAAAGUAACUAAGAUAAAUAAUACAUAAUAUUAUAAAUAAUGUUAUAUCUCUUGAUGGUAUGGAUAUGGUGCAAGCCCAUACAGUGAAUUAAGACCCACUGAACUUGCCAUCACAGAAUGUGAAUUGACUGACUAUGGUUGUACAAACUUUGUUUUGUGUGCUAUAUGUUGACCAGAUUUGCUGUAAUAACAUGUAAGCUUCUUUAGCAGGUUAGUCAUGGUUCCCCUGGCACAGAGGAUGGCAAAAAUAAGCAGUCAUCAUACAUAAUAAUAGACAAAAGUGAGUCCAGCGGCCUGCAAUGUAGUCAUCUUUAGUUUGACUUUUAAAAGCAAUAACGGACUGCUCAGAGUUGCUAUGGUGAGAAAAAUAUAAGGGCAAGGUAAAAUUUUCUUGAGGUCGGGAAAAAGCAGGAAUUUGGCAGUAAAAUGAAAAACUGUAAGGGUUAGUUUUUUAAACGGGGCUUAGCCCGUGUUGAACAAAACCGAGUUCUAAGCCAUUUUCAGUUUGCCAAUCGCUUUUGUGUAAACACCAUUUAUCGUGAACAGUUUUAUGAAAGCAUAUAGCGUGGACGAGAUGUGGAGGUCCAAAGAUUUCAAUCUUAAACCGUGGUCUAAAUUACACUUCGUUUAAAUAACCGACCCUAAGUGUUUGUAAAAGUCAACGCAAAAAUGAGGGAUUGUAUAUUCAGGUUUCCACAUUAUUAGAGAUGAGUCACGUUUACAGCAAACGGCAAACAUCAGAUUCAAGUUGAGAAUUUCUCAGGAUACAAAAAAAAAACAGAUAAAAACUGUCCAGAACAACUCUUAUAGAAAAAACUGGCGUGAAACUACUAAUAUUUGAGUAGAAGUAAUAAACAGCAAACGUCAAUUAAAGGGAAAAUUUGGUCACGUGGUACAAAUUCACGAUUGCCGUUUGGCGUAAACGUGAAUCUUUAUCUCUCUAUCAUCGGGAUUUUACUCUGAUGCAGCUUUCAAAGAUGUUAGUUCAGUUUCUUUUUGCAACCUAAAAUAUCUCAUUAAACCAGAAUUUUAGAACCCCGCCUCCCCACUAUAUUAAAAAAAUAAUAAUUAGAUCCUACUGCCAUACUCAAGUGUACCCCUUGGGGUUUAGCCAAAAAAAACUCUAGGGAAGUGGUAAAAACCAAGUGUUCUCCCCUCCUCCACCCCAUUCAAGAUCUCCUCGUUUGAGUUUGCUCCGUGACCUAACUUUCGUAUAGUAACAAACCUAAUAGUGAAUAAAAGCUAAACAUUUUGAGUCAGUGCUUAACCCUAAUCAUGAUCGAAAUCACGGGUCGAACUCUAAUGGAGUGAACUCGAAGGGGGGGGGGGGGGGGGAAAACAAAAAAAAUUAAAAAAAAAAAAAAAAAAAAAAAAAAAAAAACAAAAAUAUUUAGGAUCACACUAACACCAUAAACAGAAACAAAAACGGGGGUCAAAACAAAAGGGGGAGAGAGGGGGGGGGGGGGGGGGGGGCAAAACUGACUGUUUCCCCGUACAAGACAUCGUCACCAUCUUUUUAUGGUUUGAAAGGGGGUACAUAGAGACACCAUCAGUAUUUCUGUGAAGUGGUGGCCAUGGGUCCUAACUGUGUACAGCAGACCAAUAUUGACGACGCUGUUCUAAUACGUAUUUCUAAAUCCUUGCGUCAGAUUGUGGUUCCGUGAGUCAAAGCCUUUCAGAUGACUUUCAUGUAUCCGUGGAGGCGUGGCAUCUUUUGAACACCCAUGUUGAUUAUAAAAACGGUUAGUUUUGAUUCUUUUUUCACUUUGUGUUUGCGCAUUUUUUUCAGACUUUUUCACAGUGGAAUGUUAUGGGCUGAAAUCCCGGCAGUAGACUGCAGGAUGGAUGUUAUUUUUCUGCGUUUCAGGCAGAUCAAAGGCAAGCACAAAAACAGCGCACUGCGCGAGUCACACGCAGCGGAAGGCACACGUGACUCGCGCGGCGCCCUCUUCUUGCGCUUGCCUUCGCGUCUCGGUGACUGUGAAUUCGCGCCAUAUCAAACUAUCUCUCUUAUUCCAUCUCAUAGAAUUUAUAAGAUGUUAGCGGAUUUUUCUGUAGUCGAAUUCUGAAGGACUCAAUCUUAAUUCUGUUAGUUCUACAGGAAAGGAAACAGAAAAUCUCUGUCUUGUUUUGACGUGCUACAUGAAACUUGAUUAGUAGACUCCUGUUGUGCAGCAACGGCAUAGAAAUGUACGAAGAAAGUGCGAUGCAUGUACAGAGAAUUUUUUUUUGCUAAACCUCUUUUUUUACCUUUUUUUGUUGCCAUCGCUGUCAAAUUAGAAGAAAACCCGAACUCGUAGACUAAUUUUUAAGUAGAAUUGUUUAAGUUUUGCUCAGUUGUUGUCGUUGUUUUAAGUACUUAUAUACGCACCAACGUAAGAGUCUCUUUUGGUCAGAUUUUGUUCGUCUAUUGGAUGAGUGGGAGGUUGGGCAGUGGAACUGGAUGAGAACGUUUCAAGUUGACCGACUUAUUUAUAAGGUAACAAAGCAGUUUUGUGUUAGAAGGGUAGUGAUCGUUUGAUAAAAUCACUAGGUCGGAGUAUUUUAGUUAAUCUCGUUCAUUUUUGUUGAUUAUGAGCCAUAAAGUUCAUGUUAGCAAAGGAAAUUCUCUUACGAUAUAAUAAAUUUCUUUCGCAAGGGGUCAUGGGAAUGUUCAAUGUGAUGUGAGUAGGAUCAUGGGAAAGCUUUAAAAACGCAAAGGCUCACUGUAUCCUUCACCCUUCCCAUAAUCCCAUAAUCCCAUAAUCCUUUCGUAAAAGCCAAGAAACGACUGAGCACAAGGCAGAUGUGUUUGAAAAUUGAUGGCGAACGGACCUUAUUUUUUUGCUAGGGAAAAUACAAAAAGGCGGUGGAGUUUCUUCAAGAACAAAGGCUUUCUUCGGAGCAAGAUACUUCAUCCAACCAAGAGGUAAGUUUUAACACAAACUAAAAUUUAAUAACCUGUUUUAUUUAUUUUAAUGUUCAUUUUGCGUGACAUUUUAUCAGCGGCCUGUUUAUCCAACUUCGACCUAUUUCCUAGUCUCGCGCGCAGAUGUUUUUGGCUCGUCACGCAACGUUCCUCCCCAACGAACCCUUCCCUUCUUGGGGAGGGGCGUUUCGUGACGAGACAAAAACGGCUGGAUGUGAGACUACCUAUUUUCCAGGGCUUUAAUUUCCCUCAGAUAUUGGGCCACUCCCAAUUUCAGAGCCCAUGAUCAAACUCCUUGUAUCUUUUGUCUUUCAGUUAUUGAUAAGAGGCGCCAUUCAAUUAUCCUGUUGUUACUUUCAACUUGACGAUCAUAAGGUAAUAAAAAAUCACGUUGGCAAACACAAGUUGUUUUCGACUUCUCUCGAUUGUGUUUUUGAGUGACUGAUUAUGGAAAGGUACUUAACCUUAGAAAAAGUGCAAUUGAUUGGAAGUGGCGACUUUAAUGCAGAAAGUAGUUCGCAAAAUUACCAAAAACAGAAUAAUAAAGAAGAAGCAACCGGUAAAAACUGCAAGUGUCCGUGAACACGGGCUUGGACGGUAGGUAGCUAGCUUAUUUACUAGGUAGUCCAGUUCUGGCCCCUCUUUCUCUGUCACGCAACGCCCUCUCCCGGCGUUGCGUGACAGAGAGAGGGGGGCCAGAACUGGACUAACUUGCUAGGCCAUUGCUUAGUAGAGGUUCGACGGUGCUUUCAAGUUUGUGUGUUGUUGUUUUCUUGAUUUUUCUUCUUAUUUUUUCCACAGAGAGCAUGUGAAGAAGCUCUCUAUGGUCUUCAGUUUUUUUCGUCAAGAAACUCGACCACAGAAAACGUGGCACUGAAAAGAUCGACGUCAGUCCAUCAAGGAAAACUUGACGUAACUGGAAACGACUCGGCAACCGCCACAUCUUCUACUUCUGGUAAUUUAGGAUUUGUUCCACAAACGAAGCAUAGCAUUAAGAUAAAGGGUUUUUUAGCAUAAAAAAAUGGCGUGGAAUUGAUAACCUUUAAAUAUUAGAACUGGUGCCAUAGAAUUUACAAGCCCUUGUUCCGAUGAAUUAAUUAGCAAUCAUUUGAUUUGGCUUCCUUUUGAUAUGAAGAAUUAUGCAGAUCGAGGAGGGAUAAGACCCUGUUAGAUCUUCAUAAUUUUUCACAUCAUGCGACAUCCGAAUCCAGUAAUGUUUUUUUCAUACAUUCUAUGUACUUAUUGAUUGAGUAGGAGGGCCGAACGGGAAAAUAUUUGGCUCGAGGUUAGGAUGUACGGACCGAGCGCAGCGGUGAGGACGCACGGACACCAUUUUCUCCAACCUCGUUCGGGGGUUUUCUCUCUUUUCUUUCUCGAGGCAAGAAGGAAGAACCCUAGGAACGAGGUCUGCACUGGUAAAACAUCUAAGCCACGCCUUUUGUCCUUUUUCCAUUAUUGACGUCGAUUGAUAUUGAUAUCGACGAAUAUUGUCCAAAUUUGGGAAUAGCUGGGUAUGAAGAAUUUGCCAGAGGAUUUAGACCAAUCAGCAACGGAGAAACGUGCGUCAUAUGAUUUUUAAUCUUGUGCCUUUACUUCCAGGUCGGACUUUGCGGCUGAUUCAGUGCAGUGAAGCGGAAGUUCUGUCCUUUUGUGUGCGUUUACUUCUGUCUUCCCUCAAGGUGAUUGAGUGACUUCAAACGAACAAUUGUGACAAUGGGGAGCUAAAACAAAGACGGUUUUGAGCGACGCACGUCAACCGGAAGCUAGUCUGCUACACAGCCAUGGGGAGGAGCGUUGCGUGACGACACUAUAAACAGCUGUGUAGCAGACUAACCGGAAGUGGACUUUUUUCAAUCUUGGGUAGUGGUUUUACCCACAUUUUCGGCCAAACUGUCUCUGUAAGAGUAAAGAAACUUAGCAAUAGUGUCAAGGUAUUUUAAAAGGCAAAAGCCCGUAUUUCCGGUUAAAGUGCGUCGCUCAACUGCUAAAGCUCCCUGAUAAGAAUCAGAAGGGGACUUAGCCAAGGUCUUUGUGUUACUGAUGGUGUAGUCAUGAAAUCACUUAAUGACAUAAAACUUGAGACUAAAAAGACAUUCUCAAACAUUAAUUACAAAUUCAAGUGCAAAUAAAUACUAUGAACCGUGACAUUUGUGGUUAUCUAACUGAAGAUUAUUCGUUUUUGUGCUAUCAAGUAAUCCUUGAAGACCGUCAGUUUUAAUUGAGAAGUUAGUUACAUCAAACACUUAAAUAAGUGUCUCAUCACAAAAUUAAACACCUUGUAGUUCGUGACACAUUUUCGGCCACGCGUCGCAUUUUCAUUUUCAUUUUUCUCGGUGUUUGAUAUGUUAUAAAACACCCCUUCUCGUGUUUUAUCGUAAGAUCGCUGAAAAAAGAACCCUGUGAUCGCAGCGAUGAUUUGAAAACACUUUUUCAAAGAUCGUUCCGUACCAUUUAGAGCCAUCUUUGCUAUUCUUUGGAAACCGUUUUCCACUGAAUAUAUCGCUUCCAGGAGUAGUUCUUGUGCCACAUUUUCAAGUUAGCAACUUGGUUCGAAGAUAGUACCAACUUGCUACCCUAUAAAUCCGAAUUUAAUGAAUUUAGCGUUACGUUUAUGACGAUGAGUUCCUUUCGAUCAUUUAUAUUUUAUUAACGAUCGAGGCGGUUAUAUAGGAACCAUUUAAAACCAUUCUUAACCUCUGAACAAAACCCAACCUUCAACACAACAGCUACCAACAGUUGCCUACAGCAUAAAAAACGACACCAACUUUUCUUUUCUACUUUCUUCUUCAGCAAAGACUGGCGACUGAAGGACGUAAUGACACCCUCAUAGGUCACGUAAUCGUUCUUCUGCAGUAUGGUUGGCCAAGAGAGGAAGCAACUUUUUAUGAACUCCUCGACAAGAUCCGUGAUCAUGGCGGGCUGAAAUACAGAGUGUUUUUCAACUAUGUAAGCAGUAUCCUUUUGCGGUACUUUCUUGUUGGUUGUUUUGUGUCCUUUAACUACGCUGCAAGGGACUGAAAUAUCAAUAGGCCAUUUUCGAGUUUCCCCGAGCCUCUGUAUCAAAACGAGGGUAAGUGGUCAGCCUUUGACAUGGAAAUGAUUUUUCAUUGUCGUGUAAAUAAAACUCAUUUUCUCAAGAAAGGUGCACUUGGCCUAAUUUUGAAAGUGAGGGUGUUUGGAACUCGGAAGUGGCCUAUUAAAAAAUGACGUGUGGUAUUCUUUUACACGAAUCGCAAAAAUCCUUGCCCUGAAGUACAUUACUGUUGUACCUCUACUUAAUACAAAAAAACUCCUCUUUUACGGAUAGCUCUCGUGGUCCCCUAACAUGCAAAACUUCAGACAAUCUCAACUUCUAUAAUACGAACACCUCUGUAAUGCGGAUACUUGGUUGUGUCCCUUUUGGUGUUCCUUUUAAGAUGGUUUGGCUGAGUAGGUUCUGACAGAAAGUGACUCUAAAGACAACGUGGAUUUCCGUUGUAAAUCAGAGCUUUUAACCACCCAAGUCCAAUAUGUUUUAAAUGCAAAACCAUGACUCAGAGUAUAACGAAACCAGCAUGAUUACUAAUUACAGUCAUUUGGAUUUUGUUUCCUCUGGAUUUUCAUUGCAUAUUCACUCAAAUUACUCCUUGCUGAUUGUGGCGGAGGAAGUUGGAAAUUAGGCUCAAGACUGUUACUUACGUCAAACAACACGUCUUUCGUUUCAAGUUAAUAUUCUGUUAACUUAGCUGUAAGAGAGAAGAGUGAUAACGGUAAGGAUAAUAUUGAUGAUGAUGAUGAUGUUGUUGAUGGUGAAUGAUGUAUUAGGGACUGUAAGAUCCAACGACGCGGACGGCAACGAGAACGUGUAACGUCACCUUAAGCUCCCUAAUAAUGAUGGUGAUAAUGCUGCUGCUGCUGCUGCUUAUGAUGACAAUGAUUAUGAUGAUGAUAAUGAUUAUCGUGUUGGUUGUGGUGAUGAUGAUAAACGUAUUGAGUUGUCUAUUUUAACUGUUGCCAGAUAUCGAUAUUUUAGAAGAGUUCGCUCAUCUUUAUAUUGACGACAGCUAUAAUCUUGAUCUUGUUCCUGUUGCCACGUCUGGUUCAAGGUGAGCGCGCUUCUACUGUGCCACAUCAAACUGAUACUUUUUUCGUAAAAACUGUUGAGAUUUUACUGCUGAUCACCGUUUUUCUUAGCAUACGGUCAACUGUCUCAUAUAAACCUUGGGCUAAUGCGCCUUCAUAAAGGGUUUAGGAGGGCUUAUCAUCGGAGGGGCUUAUAUCCAAGGAGGCUUAUAGACCUCUUUAGCUUGUGUGUUUUGUUUUUCCAAUAGAGGUCCCGGGGAAACUUGACCCUUUGUCUCUUCAUAAAUUAUGCGUACUUAUGCGUACUUACAGGUCCCGGGGGAACUUGACCCUUUGUCUCUUCAUAAAUUAUGCGUACUUAUGCGUACUUACAGGUCCCGGGGGAACUUGACCCUUUGUCUCUUCAUAAAUUAUGCGUACUUAUGCGUACUUACAGGUCCCAGGGAAACUUGACCCUUUUUCUCUUCAUAAAUUCAAGAUUCCUUUUUGCAUUUACUGAGUUUAUUUAUAUUUCAAAAUGUCAUAAUAAAUCGAAUUUAUUCUCAUACAUUUGGAGGAGGAUUGUAUCCGGGUCUUAUAGUCGGACGGUUUUUGUUGUUGUUUACAGGUGCAUGGGCCUAUAACUGGGGGACUUAUAAAUAGGGGGGUGGGGGGGGGGCGUAUUAGCGGCAGUUUAUGGUAUAUGCGACAAUAGCGGAGAGCUUUAGAUUUGAGAGGCGCGUGUUCUAAAAAAAAGACACCCCGGAAAGCUUCGCUUUACUUUUUUUUUCACCAAAACGUCAGUACGGUUAUUUAUACUGAAGAAGGAUAAGCCCUCUCCAGAUAGCAAAAUGAUAAAACUUCUUACAUUUGAUAACUUGUUCCCGCCAGUAGAUCAGAAUGAAGACGGCUAUUAACGACGGCUAUCACGUUUUCCCGCCAAAACGACGGUGGUUCACGCGUGAGCACUACUGAGUCUUGAAAAAAUCUCGUACUCAUGGUCGUCCUCGUCUCAGAAUCAGCUAGAAUCUAAAGCUCCCUGAUAGGCCUCUUGCACUUAGAGGUCACGUGACCAAUACUUCCUUUAAACAAUGAGUUGGAAUCUUGCUGAUGCCAAAAGUUGAAAAAGCAGAUAAAAAUUAUCUUACACCGGAAAUUUGAGAGGAAACGCAUUUAAGGGAGAUAUUUUAUGGCACUUUGAUUUUUCAACAAAAUAGUAUGAUUUGUAUUAGCCGCCAUGUUGGAGGGUAUACUCUUGCCCUCCAACAUGGCGGCCAAAACUACUUUUUCCUUAUAUCUUGUUAAACUUUUGAUAGUUACGCUCAGAUGUGCUGUAAACGUUACCACGUCAUCCUUUCAACAUUUUCCUUGAAGUUUAAGUGCAAAAUUUGCGUUCAGAAAGAGGUAAUUCAUAAUUUGUAAAAAUCACGUUUUGGUCACGUGAACAGCUACGAAUUUACAAAUUUUAAGAAAAUGGUGCGGGUUUGAAGGACCAAAUAACUAUUGUUUUGUUUAAGAUAUGACCUGACUUAUGAUGUUGUGUUUGUUUCAUAUCUGUCUUUUUACAGUAGGGCGGUAACCCGAGGGGUAAACAAGGGGGCCAAGGAAGACUUCCGUGCCGCCCUGGAGCGACAAAUCGCACGAAGUGACGAGAAUUUCGAGCCAUUGCUUAGAGGUUUUUUCCAGGAAGAGGCCGAUUCCUUAGUAAACUAA